AUGUCAUCCUCAUUCAAGAUAAUCGAGCACCACACACCUUGUCAAACCAUCAGAGAAUAUCCACAAGCCACCUCGACAUACCAAGAAGAAAAGCUCUACCUCAGUGCAAAACAAUACAUUCCACUCAACCGCACACCACAAAAGGGUGAUGUAACAAUUCUAGCCGCUCACGCAUCAGCCUUUCCAAAAGAGCUAUAUGAGCCGUUGUGGGAGGACCUACUCAAGCGGAGCGAGAAAGCAGGAUACGGUAUCCGCAGUAUCUGGAUGGCAGAUGUAGCAAACCAAGGAGCUUCCUACGUACUCAAUGAAAACAAGAUAGGCAAUGAUCCAAACUACGCCGACCACGCACGCGAUCUUCUCUCCUUGAUCAACACCCACCGUGAAGACUUCACUCGUCCAAUCAUCGGCAUAGGACACAGUAUGGGCUCAAUAUGCUUGACAUUGCUAGCUCAAAUGCAUCCCCGACUCUUGACCUCCAUCGUCAUGCUAGACGCCAUAAUCAUCCACAAAGAAAUGCCCGCAUGGAUCACAAUGACCCGCCUGCCUUCCUUCCGCAAAGACCUCUGGCCCUCUCGUCAAGCAGCCGAAGCCGCAUUUCGCAAAAACGCACUACUCAAACCCUUUGACGAAAGAGUGGUGCAAAAGAUUCUGGAAUACAGUAUCAGAGCUACGCCUACUUUGCUCUAUCCUGAAGCAGAGCAGAGUUUUACUCUUACCACGCCGAAACAUCAAGAAGCACUUUCUGUCGCACGCCCAAAUUAUGAAGAUAGGAAUUGGGAAGCAACUCCUGAUCUUGUCACAAGAGCCACUGUCCCAGACCUUUGGCCUUGUGCUCCUUACGUAUCUCCGUUCUACAAAUCCGAGGGCAGAACUUGUUGGAUAUUUUUGCCAUAUCUACGACCUUCUGUGCUCUGGCUAUACGGCAACAAAUCCUACACCAUGGACCCAGACGAGCGACGUGAAAAGAUGAAGCGCACAGGUACAGGCUGGAAUGGCUCUGGCGGCGCAGCAAUGGGAAGAGUAAAAGAAGAGUUUGUAGAAAACACAGGACAUUUCUUGUGUUUUGAGAAGAUUUCGGAGACGGCUGAAAAGGUGUCGGAGUGGUUGGAGGCAGAGGUGAGGAUUUGGAAAGACUUGGAGAAAGUUGUGUUGGAUGAGGAGUGGUUGAAGCAGGAUGUUGUGGGUAGGCAAAGUAUGGAUGGGAGAUGGUUGGAAGGAGUCAAAAAGUGGAAGGGACUGCAGAAGGCUGUUCCUCUGAGCAAGCUUUAG